AUGGCAGCAGGCCUACGUCACAGUCUCGCUGUGAUAGCUGGGCAUCGGGAAGUUUUGGAUGAAGUGUUGACAAGGAUGGAAAUCAUGUUUCAACAUCCGAUGGAGGCUGCUGACACUGCUAGUGCUGCUAGACGAGUGGCAGGUCGUGCGAUGACCGCAUAUUAUGUGCUUGUAGGGCUAUUACUGAUUGUGGUGUUGAUGUUUCUUGUUGGGAUAGCGAUUAGUAUUUGGUUCUUAUUUCAAACCAUGUCAGGAAGGCCUAAUCGCGGGCGCCCACAGAACGAAACACCCGAUGUUGCUCAAGUUGUAGCACAACAACUCAUGGAAGAAAUCCCAAACAUUGUUACUCAAGUAACUGCGGGACUUAAUGCUAACCAAGAAAGUAGUGGAGGAAACCGGGGAAAAAAUGAAAGAGAAUGCAACUACAAGUCCUUUAUGGCCUGUAAACCUAAGGAAUUCCAUGGAAAGGAAGGUGCAGUCGGGUUGUUGAAAUGGAUUGACAGUAUGGAGUCGGUCCUUCACAUUCGCAAAUUCCUCGAGCACAACAAAGUUGAUUAUGCAACUUGUCUACUCCAAGAUAGGGCAUUGACCUGGUGUAAUACCCUAGUGCAAACCCGAGGCCGUGCAGCGGCAUAUCGGCUAACUUGGGAAGACCUGAAGAAGCUGCUGAUAGAGGAGUAUUGUCCCAAGGAUGAACUUCAGAAGCUUGAAUCUGAAUUUUGGAACCAUUCUAUGGUUGGAACACAUGAACUAGCAAAACCGGUACCUCACAUGGUUACUCCUGAGGAGAAACGGAUAGAUCGUUACAUCUGGGGUCUGGCACCAGAGAUUCGGGGAAUGGUUACUUUAGCAAACCCAAGUAUUAUUCAAAGUGCAGUGAUUCUAGCAAAUCGACUAACCAACGAUGUGAUAAGAACGGGAGCAUCGACAAUGGAAAACUCUAGUAGCAAGAGGAAGCCAGCAGAUCAGGGAGAGAAGAAGUAUGGAGGCAAGUCAGGGAGGAAGCAGAAAGUCUCAAGAAACUUUAUGGUAAGAGCCCAGGAGCAGGAACCAGUGAAAACUCAAGAACCGGAAGUCAUGGAAGUGCAGGAGCGAAAGCAGUACUCAGGACUGCUUCCAAAGUGCAAUAAGUGUAACUUCCAUCACAAGGGAGCUUGCCCAGUGUGCCAAAACUGUAAACAAACAGGCCAUUACUCGAAGUAUUAUAAGUUGAAUAAGGAUGCAAAAAGGGCAUGUUAUGAGUGCGGGAGUACUAAUCAUCUCCGUAGUGCUUGUCCCAAACUGAACAAGGGGCCUGGUAUCAACGGAGAAGGCCAAGCCAGGCAAAACUUCCAAGGAAAUCAAGGUGGGCGGCCAAGAGGUGUAGCCUUUGUGAUUGGUGCAGAAGAAGCUCGUCAGAACCCUGAGGUGAUAACAGGUACGUUUCUCCUGAAUAACCAUUUUGCAUCAGUAAUAUUCGAUGCGGGAGUAGAUAGGAGUUUUGAUUCUUUAGCAUUUAGACCGUUAAUUGACUUGAGAUCGAGAAAGUUGAGGAAUGCUUAUGCUAUUGAACUUGAUGAUGGAUAUGAAAUUAGGGCUAAUGAAAUAAUUCCUGGCUGUACUCUGAAUUUAGUUGAUAAACUCUUUAGCAUUGACCUAAUUCCUAUAAAGCUAGGUAGUUUUUAUGUAAUAGUAGGAAUGGAUUGGUUAUCCAAAAAUAGAGCGGACAUUGGUUGUUACAAGAGAGUCAUUAGGGUACCUCUCCCUAAUGGAGAAACCCAUAUCAUACAUGGUGAGAAGACAAGAAGAAGUUUAAACAUUGUAUCAAGCAUGAAGAUUCACAAGUACCUGAAGAAGAAUUGUAUUGCAUUCAUGGCCCACGUGCUAGAAAGAGAACCUAAAGCUAAGCAAAUCAAGGAGAUUCCGGCGGUUCAAAACUAUCCCGAAGUGUUUCCGGAGGAAUUACCCUUUCUAUCCCCUCACAGGCAGGUCAAAUUUCGGAUAGACUUAAUUCCCGGAGCGGCACCGGUAGCAAAAGCACCAUAUCGCCUCGCACUAUCCGAGAUCCAAGAACUAUCCGGCCAACUUCAAGAACUUCUAGACAAAGGGUUUAUUCGACCAAGUUCUUCACCCCUGGGAGCCCCAGUGUUAUUCGUCAAAAAGAAAGACAGGUCAUUCCGAAUGUGCAUUGAUUAG